AUGUCGGGACAGUCUUUGACGGACCGGAUCGCCGCCGCGCAGCACAGCAUGACCGGGUCUGCCAUCAGCAAAGCCGUCUGCAAGGCCACGACGCAUGAAGUCAGCGGACCCAAGAAGAAACACCUUGACUACCUGAUCCACUGCACCAAUGAAAUGAACGUCAGCAUCCCCCACCUGGCCGACACACUGCUGGAGCGUACAGCCAGCAACAGCUGGAUAGUGGUUUUCAAAGCACUCAUCACCACACACCACCUCAUGAUGUACGGCAACGAGAGAUUGAUGCAGUACCUUGCCUCCAGAAACACGCUCUUCAACCUCAACAACUUUCUUGAUAAGGCUGCACUACAAGGGUAUAACAUGUCAACGUUCAUCAGACGCUACAGCCGCUACCUGAAUGAAAAAGCCAUGUCUUACAGACUAGCAGCGGUGGACUUCACCAAGAUGAAACGAGGGGCUGAUGGUGUGAUGCGCACCAUGAACACAGAGAAGCUGAUUAAGACUCUGCCUGUCAUUCAGAACCAGCUGGAUGCACUGCUGGAUUUCCAGCCUAACUCCAACGAGCUGACCAAUGGAGUGAUCAACACAGCUUUCAUGUUGCUCUUUAAAGACUCCAUACGGUUGUUUGCUGCUUACAAUGAAGGGGUUAUCAACAUGCUGGAGAAAUACUUUGACAUGAAGAAGAACCAGUGCAAAGAAGCUUUGGAGAUCUACAAGACCUUCCUCAACAGGAUGACCAAACUGUCCGAAUUUCUCAAAGUGGCAGAGCGAGUUGGGAUAGAUCAGGGCGACAGCCCCGAUCUCACACAGGCUCCCAGCUCGCUCCUGGAGGCUCUGGAGCAGCAUCUAGCCUCCCUGGAGGGCAGGAAGCUCAAGGACCUCUCCACGGCCAGCAGAUCCAGCACCUUGUCCAGUGCAGUGUCCUCUCUCUCCAGCACUGGGAUCUCUCUCAGCCGUAUGGACGAUAAGACAGAGGACAACAGACUGCAGCAACACAAGGAGGACGGUCAUAAGGUGAUAGACAUUCAGACACCCAAUGCGUCACCCAGCACCCAGUCAGUGGGCAGUGCCAACAGUAGUGGAGGGGCCACGGAUCUCUUCUCCAACUCACCCAUCGUCCCCGUCAACAGCCAUGUGCCAAACCUGACCAGUGAGCUGUUCACCCUGCAGCCAAACUUCACCCCCAUCCAGACCACACACACUGUGCCCAACAAUAACAAUGCCUGGGGAGGUGACCUGCUGAAGCCAGCCCCGCCCACUCAAAUUCACAGCCCAGGAGCCCCGUUGCACUCUGGGAAAAUGUUGCCCAAUGAUUUGGACUCCUCAUUAGCCAACCUUGUUGGUAACCUGCAGUUUGGGGGCACGCCAGCUAAAAAGCCGGAGCUUCAGUGGAGUCAGCUGGUAGAGAAGAAGCCAACAGGAGGCAGUGGCUGGCAGUCAAAGACCAUGUGCACCAGCACCAACUGGACUCACACCACCCAUCCCAUGGCACCUGCACCCAUGCCCGUCCCUCAGAUGAAUGGGAUGAUCUAUACUGGCUAUGCUCCAGCACCAGUGGCUUUUCCUAUGACGACACCCCAAGUGCCUGUGUAUGGAAUGCUCCCUCCUCAGAUGAGUCAUCAGAUGGGGGGCGUUCCCAUGAUGCCCCCGCAGCCUGUCAUGUACAACCAGCCUGUCCUGAGACCUACCAAUCCCUUUGGACCCAUCCCGGGGACACAGGCACCCCGUCCUCUGCAGAUGCACUUCAUGUAG